AUGAUUAAAAAAUCAAAAUCUAAGCAGAGCAUCUCUCUAGAAGAAUCAAUCGAUGAAGACAGAAGGAAGGACAACAUUAUCCAAUCUUUGCUACAACAAAGCACCAAUCUAAAAAUAAACUAAUUGCCAACAAUAAAAUUCGAUUUGAAUGAAAAUUAGAUAUAAGCAAAUGAUAUUAUUUACAACUCAAAGAAAAAACCCUAAAUUGAAUACAUAACACCAUAAAUUGUUUAGAACAAUCUUGAAAUGGUUAAAGAAAAUCUAAAAAUAGUAAUUCAAGAAAAAUUUGAAGAAUCCAAAUGUCUCAAUUGGUUAUAGUUGGUUGUCGAAUUCAUUAAGGUUAUGGCGUAUUGCAAUGUCUUGAUUUCAGACGGAUGUUCAAAUUAAAAGACACUUUGGUUUUUCCUUAUGUUCAUUCAUGAUAUUGCCUAAAUUGCAAUUAUCAUUAAAAUUGUCAACACUAUACCUGCCAAAUUCGAUAGCAAAUUGAAAACCAAAAGAUUAACUAAGAUCAAGAGAGAAUCCAAGUAUCCCAUGGCUGGCAGAAUCUCUUAUUACGGGUAAUUGAUGUCCGAUAUAGAUUAAGUCGAAAGUCAAAUGGAUUAUUACAAUGACUAAGCAUCAAGAUCCAUUAAAUAUCACUCUCUCUAACAAUUCAACCAAAUUUUUUAUCUUAUCUUGGUGAUUUGGGGAAUACUACAAUUAGGGUAGCUUUGUUAAUCCUUUAUUGUAGUUUACACUUUCCAAGGCGAAAUAAUUUAGAAUUUAACUAAAUAAACAAAAAGCAACUAUGAGUUUGAAAUUUGCUAUCUAUGUUCAAUGUAGAUUAAACACUUAACCUAGUAUAUUGAUUUACCUUGUAACUAAUUACAUAGAUUCCAUGAAAAAUGCAUUUAAAAAUGGUUAUCAUCGCAUUUAUGUUGUCCUGUUUGUCUAGAACCAAUUGACUUGAUGAAUUUGCAGAUGAAAGUACUAGCUUGA